AUGACCAACAAUGAUGGCGCCACCGCACCAGUGACAAGCACACCUCCCCGCAACUCUGGCUUGAAUACCGACCUCAAGUCCACCCCACACGCAGUCGGCUCCGCUAUUGUCAGCGAACACAUCGAUACUCUGGGUGUCAACGUCAGUGAUGUCCGUCCAUGGAUCGAGCGCGACGUCAGGAACUUCAAGCGAUGUGGGGCAGACACAAUGCUGCAACAGCUCCUUGAAAUGUGCACCGAUCCCACCGAAUCCUUUCCUUCCAGUGAGAAGUCGACACUACUCGAUACUUGCCUUGAGGCUGUCCUGCCCCUCUGCAAUGGGCCAGGUGUGGCGCAGAAGAUCAAGCAACACUUGACUAAAUUUUGUUCUAAUGUCGAGAACGAAACCUCGUCUUACACUGAUUUCGUCGAGGCUGCCAACCGUGCGCUUCGUGGACUGAGGAAGGUGAACUUACCUGGAAUACCUGCCUUUCAAGACGACAACGAAACCAAUGUGCUCUUCCAUGUGAAUGAUCCAUCGUACAUACACCAAGAACAUCAAGGCGUGAAGUCCAGCCGCAAGCCUGACGUCGUCGUCGUUUCUCAUCAGACCGCUGCGGAUAUCAUGCCAGAGGGAAAAUUCAAAGAUGUUUACCAGUCUGCGUGCAAGGCUCCCACCAAAGACCAUGAGAACUUCCAGUGGAUGGAGGUUCGAACAACAUUUGAGUUCAAACGCCCGAAGCUGCGUCUGCCUCAUCCACCUCCUGCUUACAAUAAGGACUACGUGGUUCCUACUAUGAUGUAUAUGGAGUACGAGAAGGAUGCGGAUGCAGAUGCAGAUGCUCAGCCAAUAGACUCGACGUCCGCUCAGUCAACAGACUCAACGUCCGCUCAGCCAAUAGACUCAACGUCCGCUCAGCCAACAGACUCGACGUCUGCCACUGGUCCUGCUCAGUCCUCCCACAAGACCUCGAGUAAGCUACAAAAUAUAUCCGAUCGACUCAGAAGUAACAAGCGCGGCUCUGAUCAUUUAAGCUCAAACGAGCCGUCCACCAGCAAACGAUCCAGGCAGGACGAAGAGAGGCAAUCUAAGCAGGAAAAGAGGAGGAAGGAGAAAAAGAAGAAGGAGCCGAAGAAAAUCCCUCCUGUCGUCCAGAAUGGAUUGUAUGCUGCGGAGAUGUUCGCGGCUCAUACCGCGCGUCAGCAUGUCAUCUCGUUUAUAGUAAACAACGACAUCGUUUAUCUCUGGUGGUUCGAUCGUCAGCACACGAUUCAAUGCGCUGGCAUCAACUUCGUUCAGGACCUUCCGCGCUUUUUGGUCCUGCUCUUCAUCAUGCAGCGCAUGGGAUACAAGCAAUGGGGACUUCACCCGUUGUUCGAACCUGAACCUGGAUAUGAAGGCGAGAUCAUCGUCGAGUGUGAGGAUAGCACCUACAAGGGAGAUAAGGAGAGCAAAGAUAAGAAGAAGCGCAUCGACCUUACGUUGGAUUUGAAGUCUGACAAGCGCGCAACUCAUUUUGGUUUACGCGGACGCGCAACGACUGUUUUUCCAGUGAGGAGUAAGGCGCUAUCGGCUCUGCCGCGACCUUCUCAUUCCCUCAACGAGUCUACCGAAUUUGUCGCCAAGCUCUUUUGGCCAGAGGAGGCACGGCAGAGCGAGCCCGAGAUCCUCGAAGAGGUCUACAAGAUUGCGACUCAAGAUCCGGAUGUGUUGGGCCAUGUUCCAGACAUGGUCUGGUUCCACAAGUUUGAAGAUACAUCCACGGCGACAAUCAGGAGGGCACUGGGAAUCGACGACGCGGGUAGCCGGGUCCUAUACAUAAUCGUGUUCAGAAAGCUUGACCCAAUCACGAUGCUGAGCGGGGAGGAAUUCCUCGUUGCAUGGUGGGAAGUCGUGAAAUGCCAUCGCGCACUCUGGAAGAGGGGCAUACAUCACCGCGACAUCAGCCCCAGCAAUCUGAUGGGAUACCGCUUACGUGGUCGAUUCAUGAGUGUCCUCAAUGACUUCGACUUGUCGUCAAUCAAACGAUUAUUGUCCUCGAUUACAGAUGCUCCCAAAGGUUUCGAGCGGACAGGAACGGUACCGUUCAUGUCAUUAAACCUUCUCACACCAGAAGCCAUUGCAGGCGAAGUCGAGCACGUGUACCGGCAUGAUGCAGAAUCGUUCAUCUGGGUCCUCACUUGGAUCUGUCUUCGAUAUGAAAAUGGCAAGCUCCUCAGCAAGGGCAGGCCACUGGAUGAAUGGCUGACGGUGGAUGCCAAGGGAUGCGCAAAAGAAAAGGCUCACUUUAUGUUUCAGGGAAUACAUAGCAAAAAUCUGCGGACACCGAUAUCGCACAGUGUGUCCUGGGAGGUUGCAAGGAAGUGCUUAGGGAUGGUUUACAAACAUGGAGGCCCAUCGGAUCCCGCCUCCACCAGUGAUGAAGAAGUGUUCCAGACAUGGCUUGAGCAUCAUGUGCCGAAAGGUAUCGUUCAAGCCGAUCGCUUGUCUUGCCAGUAGGGUAGUGUGCCUCCGACAUGCAAUACCACAUACUAUCUUGUAAAUUUAAUGUAGAACAAACAUCACGCACAGUGCCAUCCUUUUGUAUUUACGUCAUCAAACGUUCAGGCCUCAUGCCCAGUCAAAAC